AUGUCGUUGGCGAUAAGAGCUCUGGAAGACGUUAUCAAGUCACUAAAGCGCGAUAUUGAUACCUCAACGGUACCACCAGCAACAUCAACAUCAGCAUCAGCAAUUCAAAUACUCCCCGGCUCUCAGCAAUCGCCCUAUUUAUCGCUUCCAUCCGAUGUAACCCUACGUUACAUUCAGUCUGAAAACGGUGCUGACACAUAUCUUGAUACAAUUAUGAUAUACGUCGAAUUUCUUCCAAUACUCCACCAGUAUCGAUCGGCAAAAAAGCAAGGCAUUGAACGUGCACUAGUUUUAGUCCAUACACCAGCCGAAUUCACUUUAUUUCAAGACGAAAUGCGUCGCUUGAGUCCGCUAGGCGUUUUACAACAGUUGCUGGAUCACAAAUCGUAUUACAUACCAAGCAUCGAUCGUGGCAAUGGUAUAUGUGAAGCUGUGUGGGACGAGUUACAGUCUCCCGGUAGAUCAUUGUCCAUACUGUCUGCACAACAACCAGCCCCAUUACAAGUAACGAUAAAUGCUACAAACACCUUUCACAAUCAAGAACUAGAGCAGCUACAUAUCGCCCAGCCACAACUCAACAUAUUUGUCGCUCGAAAUACCACCCCUCGUCGUCUUUUACCUGCACCACCAAUCGCACGAAUGCGUCGCUUGCUCCCUGCACCCAUCAUAGCCCCUCCAACGCUAGCGCCAUCAAAUUCACCACCACAUUCAUUACCAAAUCCAUUGUCUAUACCACCUCUUCCAAGUAUCGAGCCUCUUGGAACAUCAGCAUCGUCAGCAUCUCCAGUAUCAUCAUCAACUCGCUACAUGUCUUCAAUUACCAGCAGCAAUCAUAGCCCGGAUGUCACUCGUCCUGAAUACUGGCCAAGAAAGCGGACAAGAACAUCUAAAAGAAAGAAUACGAGUGCUAUCCCACAAACAACAAUAAUACAUAAUAUACUUCCACGUCCACCACAAAAUCUGUAG